CCAGACGGAAGCCCAAGGGACUCCAGAGGCUGUUGGCCCGCCUGCUGAACGUCCCCCACCUGACUCUCAUCAUAGCGGCGGUGGUGUUUGUGGUGGUGGUGAUCAUAUGGUCCCUGCUGUGGGUCUUCAUAUUCCGCAGGGAAAGCAACAGCGUAGCGUACUUUGCCGGGAUGUUCCGUCUCGCUAAAGUGGAGUUUAUCCCCGAAUACCGGCAGGCUGAGUCCCACGAGUUUGUGUCCAUGGCAAACAAAAUACAACAUGUGGUGAGCAACGUGUACAAGAUGUCCUCAGUGGCCCGACUCUACAAGCAAGCUGUGAUUUCAGACCUCAGUAACACUAAAGAUGGCGUGCUGGUGCAUUUCUGGAUGGUGUUCGUGGUCCCUCAACUGAGGAGCGCUGCCGUGUGCGAGGAGUGUGUGGGCGUCAUCUUCAGGGACUCCGUCCACACCAGCCUCAGGAACAGGACGUCUGUCGGCUACUUACUGAGUCUUCCGGUGGACAUAGACUCCAUCCUCAUCAAUGCUGUCCAGCGCUCGGACUACUCAACAAAUGCUGGAGCCGGCUCACAGUGUGUGGAUAAGAUGCAUGCCAACCAUCCCGGGGGCAGGGUCCCUCUGAACGUCUUUUCAUCGUGGGGGGGUGUGAGCUGCCACGUGAAGCUCACAGUCGUCCCGGGUUCCCUCGUCCGUCUGACCAUCACCUCGUUCCUCAUUGAGCCCAGCGACUGCGUGCAGGACGCCCUGACCGUGUACGAUGCUCUGCUGCCCAUGAGAGGGCGCAUUCUGCUCAGGCUGUGUGAGCCAGUGUCCGCCGCCUUGUCCCUCGUCUCUACCUCCAACGUCAUGCUGCUGUCCUUCAGAAUGACCAAAGGCAACAAGACCUUCAGAGGACACUUUGAGGCCAUCACAGAAGAAAUUUGCAUGUCUCAAAUUGAGACCCAGCUCGAGCCUGACGUCCCUGGUCACAUCUACAGCCCCUUCUACCCCAGCCUGCUGCCCCCUCAGUGCUCCUGCACCUGGAGGUUUGAGACCUCUGAUCGUGCUUUAGGAGUCGCUCUGCAGUUUCAGAACUACAUACUGAAACCAAAGGGCAUGAAGGGCUGUGACUACGGCUGGUGGAAAGUCAAUGAAAUCAUUUUCUGCGGCAGCUACGUGGGACACCGCACGGUGUUUCGAAUCACCGACCACAGCCCGGAGGUGGAGUUUCGCUGCAGCUCACGCAACUCUGCUCAGCCGUUUCAGGCGUCAUACAGCAGCUACAACAUCAGCCGACCCUGUCCAGAGAGCCACUUCCUGUGCUCCACUGGUCUGUGUGUGGAGAAGAGUCGACGCUGUGACGGCCUGGACGACUGCCAGGACGAGAGCGACGAGGUCUUCUGCUCGAGGCCCACGAUGGAAUGUGGCGGCAAAAGUCCUCCACAUCCUCUGUUUGUGUGCAACGGGGAGACCGACUGCACCGAUGGAAGGGAUGAGAUCAACUGCACUCAGGGUUUGGAUAUUCACACUUCAGUUAAAAAACAGAACUGUGUACUUCACUCCGUGCUACUGACUGCGACGUGUUGUCUGUUUGUCUCAGAAACCCCCUGCUCUGCGAUCCGGUACCAGUGCAGCAGUGGCGUCUGCAUCCUGAAGAAGAACGCUAAAUGCGAUGGAGUUCAUGACUGUCGGGACGGCAGUGAUGAGGCCGACUGUGCCUGUGGUCGUCCGACCCCGGUAAAGAAGGUGGGUUCCUCCUCGGGCCCUGAACGCAUCGUGGGUGGCGAUAACUCCGUGGAAGGGGAGUGGCCGUGGCAGGUCAGCCUCCACUACUCUGGUAACCUUUACUGUGGCGCCUCUGUCCUCUCCUCUAAUUGGCUCAUCUCAGCUGCACACUGCUUCAGCAAAGAAAGGCUGUCAGACCCGCGUCACUGGAGCGCUCAUCUGGGCAUGCUGACGCAGGGCGGUGCCAAACACGUGGCGGAGAUCCAGCGGAUUGUGGUGCACGAGUAUUACAACGCGUACACGUUUGACUAUGACAUCGCCCUCCUGCAGCUGAAGAAGCCCUGGCCCUCCUCCCUGGGCGCGCUGGUCCAGCCCGUGUGUCUGCCGCCCACCUCCCACACGGUCACCAAGAGCCACCGCUGCUGGGUCACCGGGUGGGGGUACCGCUCGGAGGAGGACAAGGUGCUGCCGUCAGUCCUGCAGAAAGCAGAGGUUUCCAUAAUGAGUCAGACCGAGUGUAAGAAGAGCUACGGCCCCGUGUCGUCCCGCAUGCUGUGUGCCGGGGUCCCCUCCGGAGAGAGGGACGCCUGUCGGGGGGAUUCUGGGGGCCCUCUGUCCUGUCAGGCGCCGGGCGGGGGUCGCUGGUUCCUCGUUGGUAUCGUCAGCUGGGGGGCGGGCUGUGGGCGACCCAACCUGCCUGGCGUCUACACCAGGGUCAACAAGUUCACCUCUUGGAUCUACAGCCAUAUCACUAAACGGGACAGUGCUAUGAGGACUCAUCCCAAAAGCCAGACUUGUGAAGUGUACUACGUCUCUGGGCAUGGACACUCCGGCUGCUCUGCUGCAAAGGGAGAGGGGGAGUUGAAGGGGCCCACCCAGUCGCCGAGCCCCCCCACGAAGCCUGAGGAUGGAGCAGAGCAGAGGGCGGAGGGGGGGCGAGCUCCGGCCUGUGGCUCCUGGAGGAGGUGGAUGUUGGGUCUCCUGCCUUUCUUUCCCUUCACAGCUGCCAUUGCACUGACCCUCCACUACUUAACAUCGCCGCCAUCCUCUGUGUUCUUCAUCGGCGGCAGCAUGGAGUUCCCAAACCUGAGCUUCUCCUCAGAUCUGACUGACUCCACCUCCCCGCAGUUCCGCCUGCAGGCUCAGGCUUUGAACCAUUAUUUGUCAGAUCUCUACGAGUCGUCUCCGUGGAGCUCUCACUACCGGCGCUCAGGGAUCACCGCCUUCAGUGAAGGAGCAGAGGGGCUCAAUGUCUUCUACUGGAGUCAGUUCUACGCCCCGGACGAUGUGGCCGUGGCCAUCCGGAUGUCCAGCCCGGAGAAGCUGCAGCGCCGGCUCCCCGGCAGAAACAAGGUGCAGCGCUACAGCCGCAAUGAGCAGCGCUACUACAUGGAGCAGGAUGAGGACAUGCUCCACCUACUGGAUGAAAAAUCAGACAAGAUAAAGAAUCCCCACAGCCUGCAGAGUGGGAAGUGGCAGCUCGGCUUCCAAGCAAUGUCCUUUGACCUCUACGCCAAAUUCGGCAACAACCGCACGCUGAGCCUCGUGAGUCCCAAGAAGCCGUACUACCAGUGGCGGCUUCGCGUGCCGUCGGGUCACGUGGUGCGGCUGGUCAUCCUCACCCUGCAUGGUGCCACGCCAGGAAGCUGCACCGCCCACAAGCUCUCGGCCUACGACUUCCUGCUUCCUUUACAGAACAAGAUCAUUAUGUGUAUAUGUGUAUCUGUGGCUGGAUGUGAUGCAUGUACCUGUCUCAGGUGGUGUGGACUGCCUGUCUUGGGUUCGUCUCCGGUCAUGAGGCUGACGUCCUCUGGGAACGUCAUGUUAGUCACCUUCUCCUUCAGCCGACAGAGAGAUGGAGCGAUAUUCAAAGCAUACUUCCAGGCCAUCCCGAAAGCAGGGUGCGGAGGAUCUCUUUCCUCUUGGAACGGCUCCAUUUCCUCGCCCUACUACCCUUCCUAUUACCCUCCUAAUAUAGACUGUGUCUGGACUCUACGGGCGCCGCUGCCCGGAUACCUGAUCUCCAUCACAAUUGUGACGAUGGACAUUCAGGAUUCCCCGACGUCGGACGGAUGUGAGAAAGACUGGCUGGACAUCGGGGGGGUCAAACUGUGUAACCCGGUGUCGGACAGCAGCAGGAAGCGAGUCUACUCCUCUCCACUCUCCCUUCACUUCCGCUCCGAUGAAUCCCUCACUCAUAAGGGCUUCUACCUGCUCUACAGAGCCUUCUCUCCAGAGAGCACUUGUCCUCGUCAGUUUCGCUGUGGAGAUGGCCGCUGCGUCCCGCUGAGGAAGGUGUGUGAUGGAGUGAAGGACUGCUCCGAUGGACGGGACGAGGCUAAAUGCUCGUCCUGCAGGCCGUGGGAGGUGAUGUGUGCCAACGGCCAGUGCAAACCUCAGAGGAGCCAGUGUUUCAGUCAGGGCCCGUGUGAUGACAGCAGCGAGGAGGGCACCUGUGGAAGUAAAUGUUAUCACGUAUGUCCCAACAAGUUGUGUUUGCCGAAGUCUUCAAUGUGUGACGGUGUCAUCGACUGCAAAGACCGCAGCGAUGAACUCAACUGUACCAGAGCAUAUUUUAAAGGCUGCUCCUCGUCCUCUUACAAAUGUGCCAAUGGAAAGUGUGUUGGUAAGAUCAACCCUGAGUGUGAUGGAGUAAAAGACUGUUAUGACGGCUCGGAUGAAAUGCGCUGUAGUUGUGGCACCAGGCCCAGGAAGCGCACUAAGAUAGUUGGUGGCUCUGAUGCUGGAGCGGGUUCCUGGCCGUGGCAGGUCAGCCUCCAGAUGGAUCGCUACGGCCACGUCUGUGGAGCCACGCUGGUCUCCAGCCGCUGGCUCAUCUCUGCAGCUCACUGCUUCCAGGACUCGGAUGCUAUUAAAUACUCAGAUCCCCGAGCAUGGCGGGCCUACAUGGGAAUGCGUGUGAUGACCGUGGGGAACAACGGAGCAGCCACCAGACAGAUCCGGCGAAUCCUCCUGCACCCGAAGUACGACCAGUUCACCUCGGACAACGACAUCGCCCUCCUGGAGCUCAGCACUCCCGUCUUCUUCAAUGACCUGGUGCAGCCUGUGUGCGUCCCCGCCUCCACACACACCUUCUCCACAGGGACCAACUGCUACGUGACAGGCUGGGGGGUCCUCAUGGAGGACGGUGAGCUGGCCUCUCGCUUACAAGAGGCCUCCGUGAAGAUCAUCAACAGGAACACGUGUAACAAGCUGUAUGACGACGCCGUAACUCCCAGAAUGCUGUGCGCUGGGAACAUGCAGGGAGGGGUGGAUGCCUGCCAGGGCGACUCAGGAGGUCCGUUGGUGUGUCUGGAGCGCAGCAGGCGGUGGUUCCUGGCGGGGAUCGUGAGCUGGGGCGAGGGCUGCGCGAGGCAAAACCGCCCCGGCGUCUACACGCAGGUGGUGAAGUUCACCGACUGGAUCUCUCAGCAGACUAAAGGACAGGUGUGACCGACACGGGCAAGAACGACAGACUUAACACACGGGACGGAGGUUUUCAAACAUGGCGUCUAUCUGCAGACUGUUUUGGGGAACUUGUUCACUGGAAACACCAGAGGUAGCAUCAUCUCUACCAACCAGCUCCCUGAUCCCUGCUAGCUCAGACCUGGUCUCAACACAUCACCACGUUAACCGGAUUAUUCAAUUAACUUGGUUCUGGUCAUUGCACGUAAUUAUUCGACUUUGGUUGGAACUCCUCACUUAGAAUACAAACUCAGCAAAACAGAUCUAUACAGUUAUACCUUCUGCACAUGAAGGGAAACUUGUUUUGCUCUACAGUUUUCCCCCAGGGUCCCAGACAUGUUUUGGUAUAAGCAAAAAUAUUUUGAAGUGCCUUUUACUAAUAUACGAAUCCAAAACGUUCGCUUAAAAAAAUGGAUACUUCAUUUGGUGUAAAUCCAGCUUUCUACAUGAGGCCUCUGCUGAGCUGCACUUGCCACACGGGCACCUCAGUUAUUCUAAACAGAGUCUUCUUUUGCUAAGUAAAAGCAAAACGUCUAAGAAAGGGAAGAUGAAUCAAUAUUGAAGUCUGAUAAGCUGCUCUGAUUUCAGACUAAAGUAUUACUUUGAAUCUAUAAAAUGCAUGUUACAUUCUGCAACUUUAACAGAGUAAUGGUACAUUUCAAGGCUCCUCAAUUGGCUCCAAAGGUCAGGACCCACUCACGUGGAACCACAGCCAGGUUAUACUGUGCAUGUUUCUAUAGCCAAUUACCUCCUGUUUUCCUAUCGUCUCCACCCUCAGUGAUUUUGCUUUCCCAGUUGUUCCCAACAGAGCUGAUGUCCACGUCAUGUGUCGCUACAAAAACCAGUUCAGUCUUUUUUCUUGAAUAUGGAACCAGUUCUCCUCCCAAGAGUAUGUAACCGUGUGUUCUCGCCCUCAUCUCCAUUCCUCCAUGUACUGUAUAUGUGUUCACGACUCUCUGCACGUGUUGUUUCUGUACUGUGUGUGUAUGUGUGUGCAUUUUUAUAUCAUGCGUUUAUCGGAGACGUAGCCUCGUGUUAAAUAUAUCCUGUAGUGAAUAAUCCCACAGUAGGAGGUGGUAAUAUAUUUUGCAUUUGAGAUUCACUGUGACGUGUUAAUUUAUCUCUAUGGUGCCUCGUCUCCUCUGUACCUUGUGCUCAGUGACAAGCCGGAUCACAGCUGCUCUAAAAACCGCGAUGCAGUGGAUUCUGGAGGAAUA